UUUUGGUUUUAACAACAAACUCUUUUCAAAUAUUAAACAUAAAAAUAUCAAAAGUACUGCAUCUUAAUUACAUUUAAGUAAUUGGAUACCUACAACCAUUUACAACUUGCGUCAACAUUCUUUUCUACAAGAAUAUAGGAGAGAAAAUAAAAAAAUUUUAGUCACGUUUUUCUUUAGACACCAUAUUAGGUACUUGGCGACCUGAGAACUAAAAUGUUUUAUAUUCGAAAUUGAUUACUCUAUUGAUUUCAUCAAUAAAAAAUUAGUGUUAAAAGAGUAAAAAACGGAAAAACACAGAAAAUGUGACCUGUAACUACAGCAACCGGAAACUGCUCAAAAGUAAAUGUUCCAAAUUUUAUAAUAUAUUUGAUCAUUUCGAGGAGAGUAAAAUUACUAAAAUUCUUAUCAGUAGAGAUAGAACAUGAGUUAUUAUUUAAAUUCCUAACAUCAUUCACUCCAACACAAUUUCUAAAACAAAAUAUUAGUUCAAGUACCACUAGAAGUAUUGUAAUAUCUUCGAAUUUUUUAAAUCGUCAAUUUUUGUAAGCAGAUAAAAUUAUUUCAUUGUUUACGAAUUGGUAGGUAGGUACUUGUACUAUAAUCGGUGAUACAAUUACUUUCACCUAUAAAUACAAUAAUUUAUAAGAAAUUUUGAGACACUUGCGUUAAAAUUGUUGUGAUUACUUACCCACAUUUUAAGCUAGCAAAGAAAAAUGGUUAUUUUACAAGGAAAUAUUACUGUGUCAGAAGACAACGUUAUCACUACCCCAGAGGUGACACGGGAGGCAACAGAUUGUUUAGGUCAGACUAUGUUUACACAUAUGAAAAAUAAUAAGGAUAAAAUAGCACAGAUUGAUGCCAAUACUGGUCAAAAGGACACCUACAGAGAACUACUACAACGUUGUAUUCGAACAGCAUUACACAUGACCGAUAAAAAUAUAACAAAAGACCACAUAGUGACUUUAUGCACCACGAAUCAUUUAAAUUCGGUCGUUCCCUUCAUUGCCACGCAAUUUAUAGGAGCUCGAGUGGCUUCUCUUGACCCUUCGUUCUCGCAAAAAGAAAUGUCCUACUUGCUGAAACAAGUGCGUCCAAAAAUUCUAUUUGUAAUUCCUGAAGUUGCCACAACUAUUGAGAAUAUUCUCAAGGAAAUGGAUCUGGAUUCCGAAAUUGUUAUUUUUGGAACGACCAACAAUUACACCAAAUUUUCGGACUUUCUCCGUCCUCAUGACAAUGAAAAUCAAUUCAAACCGAUCAAAAUCGAAAAUCUCUUCGACACAGCAAUAAUAUACUUCAGUAGCGGCACAUCUGGCCUUCCAAAAGGCAUCUGCAUAAACCACUACGCUUUUAUCACUCAGGUGCUCACCACAACACAUACUGAAAAUCCUGAUUAUCAGCACAUGGCAAGCCAAGCUAUAAGAGUUUCGUUUCCGUUAACGAUGCUCGCUUACACUUCCUUGUACUGGGUUUCUGCUGGUGCUUUGCUUUUAUCUUCAAUAAUCGAUGGGUAUUGCCGUCUAAUUUGCUCAGAGUUUGAUGGGGCAAAAAUUUGGAAUUUUUUUGAAAAAUAUAAGCCAGUGGGUGUUUUAUUAACACCAGUUCAAGCUAUUGAAAUGCUUGCUAAAAAACCUGACAGAAAUUUUGACGUUAACAGCAUCCUAAGUAUCGUCAUAAUGGGAUCAGGAAUUUCGAAAGAAUAUGCUUUAAAAUUAAAACAAGAGUUCCCAAAAGCCGACUUCGUUCGACCCUAUGGGCAAACGGAAGUCAGUGGUGGUCUUACAGUGUUUAGAGCAAAUGAUGUUUUGCAUAGAUCUCUUAUGCAGAAAGAAGAGAGGAUUGAAUCUGUUGGGCUUCCAAUUAGAGGCAUGUCAUACAAGGUUGUUGACUGUGAAACUAAUAAGAAUUUGGGUCCAAAUCAAAAAGGCGAACUUCGAGUGAAAUCAAAAUAUAUCAUGAAUGGAUACUAUAACGUGGAUUCUUCUGCAUCUUUCGAUGAGGAUGGAUGGCUCAAAACCGGGGAUGUAGUUUAUUACGAUGAAGAUUACUGUUUCUACGUCGUCGAUCGUAUUAAAGAAUCUUUCAAAUACCAAGGCUGGUUUAUCGCGCCAGCUACUUUAGAAAAUGAAUUGCUUAAUCAUCCUGCUGUCCUGCAAGCUGUGGUCAUAGGUAUACCUAAAGAUGAUGGACACCACCCUAUGGGGCUGGUUGUACUUAAAGAAAAUGUUGACGCUAGUGCAGAAGAAAUUGAGAAAUUUGUAGAAGAAAGAGUACCAGAAAGACAGAGAUUAAGGGCGGGGGUAAAAAUUUUGAAAUCAUUGCCAUUGACAGUUACGGGAAAGAUAAAGCGAGUGGAAGUAAAGAAGAUGAUUUUAGGAGAAAAUAACGAAUAAAAAUAUCUUUUUCAGUUUAUAAAUAGUGUGUUUUCGUUUCUUAUGAUAGUGAUGUGACUGACAAAUUAUCUCAAUUGUUUCUUAUUGUAGCAGUAUUAUAAAUUAAUAUUGUUUUAUUUAAAGAGAUCUAAGGAAAAAAUAAAUAAAAAUUGAGGCAUAGAAAAGAUCUUAAAUUAUGUAAACAAGUCAUGUAAUUAGUAAAAAAAUAAAAUAUGU